UGCUCUCGCACUCCAUAGGUUGCAAGAAAUGGCCUCCUCUUCCUUCUUGAUAGGGAACGGGAGCCUCCUCACCCAAUCCCUCGUCAAGCUCCGCAACCUCAACUCCUCCGACUCCACCGCCGCCGCCGUCUCCUCUUCCGCGGCUGUCUUCGCCGCCCUGCCACGCCGUCCGUUGCUCCUCGGCUCGUCGCUCGGCUCCCAGAGAUGGCGCCGGGCCAGCGGCAUUGCCAGGGCGGAGGAUAAGGCCAAGGGCUCCUCCUCCUCCUCCUCCUCUUCCCCGUGUUCCCCUCUUCUGCCAGGAAAAGACCGCGGAGAUUACAGGGAGUUGAUAGAUGGAUCUGGAAAUUGUGACCCAUUAUGUUCUGUUGAUGAAGUAAGCUCACAGGAUUUUGAAGCGAGUUACCAGCCAAAGACUGAUUUGCUGAAAGCUCUGACUAUUCUUGCAACUGCUUUAGCAGGGGCAGCUGCUAUCAAUCAUUCCUGGGUUGGUGCCAAUCAGGAUCUUGCUCUGGUGUUGGUAUUUGCAAUUGGUUAUGCAGGCAUUGUUUUUGAGGAAUCACUAGCAUUCAACAAAAGUGGAGUUGGGUUACUAAUGGCUGUCUGCUUAUGGGUCAUUCGAAGCAUUGGGGCUCCAUCUACGGAAAUAGCUGUUUCAGAAUUAACCCAUGCAUCUGCUGAAGUCAGUGAAAUUGUGUUCUUCCUACUUGGUGCAAUGACAAUAGUGGAGAUUAUUGAUGCACAUCAAGGCUUUAAACUAGUUACUGACAAUAUUACUACUCGGAAACCUCGCAUUCUCCUUUGGGUGGUUGGUCUUGUGACUUUCUUCCUGAGUUCAGUUCUUGAUAAUCUGACAUCAACAAUUGUUAUGGUUUCCUUAUUAAGGAAGCUAGUUCCGCCAUCAGAAUACAGGAAAUUUUUAGGUGCUGUUGUUGUAAUAGCAGCCAAUGCUGGUGGUGCAUGGACGCCUAUAGGUGAUGUCACAACUACUAUGUUGUGGAUUAAUGGUCAGAUUUCCACUUUACAAACAAUGCAGGACUUGUUUAUCCCUUCAGCUCUUUCCUUAGCUGUCCCACUGGCUUUGAUGUCCCUCACAAGUGAAGUUAAUGGGACAUCUGAGAAACAGUCCAAUGUUUUAGCAUCAGAGCAGAUGGCUCCUAGAGGGCAGCUAGUUUUUGCUGUUGGUAUAGGGGCUUUAUUGUUUGUUCCUGUAUUCAAAGCCAUAACAGGCCUGCCGCCUUACAUGGGUAUGCUGCUUGGACUAGGAGUUCUAUGGAUUUUGACAGAUGCAAUACAUUUUGGGGAUUCUGGAAGGCAAAAAUUGAAAGUGCCACAAGCCUUAUCUCGUAUAGAUACACAAGGAGUUCUUUUCUUUUUAGGGAUUCUUCUGUCAGUGAGCAGCCUGGAGGCUGCUGGAGUCCUAAGGGAGUUGGCUAAUUACCUUGAUGCGCAUAUCCCAAGUGUUGAAUUGAUUGCAAGUGCAAUCGGUGUAGUCUCAGCAAUCAUAGACAAUGUGCCACUUGUAGCAGCAACAAUGGGAAUGUAUAACCUUACCUCUUUUCCUCAGGACUCUGAGUUCUGGCAGCUGGUUGCUUUUUGUGCUGGAACUGGAGGCUCCAUGCUUAUCAUAGGGUCUGCUUCUGGGGUUGCAUUUAUGGGAAUGGAGAAAGUGGAUUUCUUUUGGUAUCUUCGCAAGGUUAGUGGAUUUGCUUUUGCUGGUUAUACUGCUGGAAUUGUUGCAUACGUGGUGAUCCAUAACUUGCCGUUCUCUCUACCAACUUCUUUGGCUGAGCUUCCAUUUCUUUCGGGACCUUAGAUCUUGGACACAGAGAAGUUGAUUUUGGACAUGCAGGAUAGUUCAGGCCCCUACUUUUAGUUUGUAUUCAGCUCCAAUUUUCAAUCUGAACUUUAGUUUUCUAAAUUACUAUUAGCAAUGGCGAAAGAUCUUCUUCUUGUAGUUGUGGCCAAACAGAAUAAUCGCGAGAGGACAUGUGGUGUAUGAAUACAAGAUUAUGGCGCAUCCGAGCAUGGAAUAAGAAAUGGUGGCACAUCUGGAGUAUAACACAAUGUAGAGAAUGUGAAUCCGUGAUGAAAAUUCCAUUGAGAACCUCCACACUACCAUGAUCAUGUGAGCUUUGCUCGAAAUACCUGUCAUGACCAAUUUAUGAUCAUAAACACAUGUGAAACUCUUCAUACAAACAACCAUUUCUUCUUUACUUAUAGUCGAACAUUCAUUCAAAU